AUGUCUAGUGUUAGAUUUUUUUUAUGUAUUUUUCUAGUUCUUUUUACAUUUAUUGAUAUAGUUAAACCAUUUAAAGGAAAUUAUGGAGAAGCAAAUUUUUCCUUUUUUCAAGCAACACCUGCUAGCCAUAUAGAAGAACCUCAAAAAACUGAAUCAACCGAUGCACAAUCAAACAUAACACAAAAUGAAGAAAUUAAUAAUACGAAACCAUUACAAGAAAAUAUAACUAAUAAUCAACAAAAUAGUAAUGAACAACAAAAUAAUAAUGAACAACAAAAUAAUAUUGAACAACAAAAUAAUAAUAUACAACAAAAUAAUAUCGAUACAUCCAUAUCUCAUGUUCCAAACGACACAAUUAAGAAUCCUAUAGAUAAUUCAAAUAUAAGCAAUUUAGAUAAAUCAAAUGAUACAAAUAAUGUAAUAAAACACGAAGAAAAUAAUCAAACGAAAGAAAAUAACCUAGAAACUAUUAAACAUACAGAACCACUAACUAAUCAAAAUACAAAUGAAGUUAAAAUAAACGAUCAUAAUGAACAUGAAAAAAAUACUGAAGAAAAUAAAAUAGAGGAGCAAUAUAAUAAUAUAAAUCAUCAUUCACAUGAUAUAAAUAAAAACCAAAGUAUUAAUAAUAAUAUGAAUAAUGAAAAUGCAGAUAAAAAUGUGCCACAUUUAGAUCAAAGUGCAAUGUCUAAUGAGAAACAUAUAAAUGAACACACAACUAACCAUCCUAUUGAAUCACACACUGGUGAAAAUAACCAUGAUAAAAUAAAUGAACCUAUUCCUAUUGAACAUGCUACCACUCCAACGAAUGAACCCAUUCCUAUUGAACAUGCAGCUACUCCAACGAAUGAACCUAUUCCUAUUGAACAUGCAGCUACUCCAACGAAUGAACCUAUUCAUAUUGAACAUGUAGCUACUCCAGCAAAUGAACCUACCCACAGUGAACAUGCUACCACCACAACAAAUGAACCUAUUCAUAUUGAACAUGCAGCUACUCCAACAAAUGAACAUAUCCAUAAUGAGCAUGCUACCACCACAACAAAUGAACCUACUCAUAAUGAACAUGCUGCCACCAUAACACAUGAACCUACCCAUAAUGAACAUACUACCACUCCAACAAAUGAACCUAUCCAUAAUGAACAUGCUACCACUCCAACGAAUGAACCUAUUCCUAUUGAACAUAUAGCUACUCCAGCAAAUGAACCUACUCAUAAUGAACAUGCUACCACCACAACGAAUGAACCUACUCAUAAUGAACAUACUACCACUCCAACAAAUGAACCUAUCCAUAAUGAACAUGCUACCACUCCAACGAAUGAACCUAUUCCUAUUGAACAUAUAGCUACUCCAGCAAAUGAACCUACUCAUAAUGAACAUGCUACCACCACAACGAAUGAACCUACUCAUAAUGAACACGCUACCACCACAACAAAUGAACCUACUCAUAAUGAACAUGCUACCACCACAACAAAUGAACCUAUCCAUAAUGAACAUGCUACCGCCACAACAAAUGAAUCUACGCAUAAUGAACAUGCUACCACCACAACAAAUGAACCUACCCAUAAUGAACAUUCUACGACUCCAACAAAUGAAUCUACUCAUAGUGAAAAUGCUACCACUUCAACAAAUGAACAACAUUCCCAUGAUCAAAAUACCGAAGUUCAUCCAAAUGACAAGCUAGCUCUUGUUCCGUUCCAAGGAAUAAAAAAUCCCAUUCCUUCAAAUGAAUCACAACCAAUUAUAAGUUUUCCAAACGAGGAUGAUAAUCAUGCGCAAAAUGAAGGUUCUAUAAACGCACCUUCUGAAGGGGAACACAAUAAUACAGAUAAUAAGGAAGGUCCCAUCAUUACACCAUUAGAAGGAGAACAAGCAGGUACUGCACACAAAGAAGACGUAACACAUAAACAUAUGGUAGGGGAACAUGUACCCCCUCAAAAAACACACCAUGGACCUAUCAUUACACCAGUAGGAGGAAAUCAUGUACCCCCUCAAACACAUCACGCACAUAUCAUUACACCAGUAGGAGGGGAACAUGCACAUGGGCAAGGAAAUAAUGAUACUACAUAUGUCACAAUGAACACAGAUGAAAGUAGCAGCAGCGAUACAAAAGGAGAACAUUCAAAUUUACGAUCUUAUAAUAAAAAUAUGAAUAAUAACCACGCGCAGCGUGAUCAAUAUGAUAGUGAUACGUUAAAUAGCGAAGGAUCCGAUGAUGCAUAUUCAAGUAUGCAACAGAACUUUGAGAAAAACGGAAUCGAUAGUUUUAAAGGGAAAGGGUUGCAUGUAUCUUUAAGAGAAAGAAUAAUAAUCGAAAUAAUGGAAAGUGCAAAGAAUGGAAUAGAUGGUUUAUUAAAAUUAAAAGAUAGUAAAGACAGUGGCAAAUUAUUCAUGGAAGCAUUAGAAAAGUUAAAUAUAAAUAUGAAGGACUUAAAAAAGGAUAAAAACUUAAUAUCAUUAGAGGUAUAUGAUAAAAUAUUAUCAACCAUGUUUAAAAUAUUAACCGAGAUGUCAUUUUAUGAAGAUUCCAAAUUUUAUGAAACCUUAGGUAUAAAAAAGGAUAUAUUAAAUCAAUCAUUAAAAGAUAUAAAAAUAAAAAUGUUAAGAAAACUUGGUGUUUCGUAUAGUAGGUUACCACCUAUUAUAAAACAUACAGAAGGGAAAUGUGCUAUCAAAGAUAUAAUUAUAAGUAUAUCAUCAAAGGAAUUAGCACAACGUAUGGCAAUCAUGUUUACAAAAUGGUUAGCUCCUGAUGAAUAUGGAGCAGUUGUUGAUUAUGAAAAUAACGUAGAAUUAAAUGUAUUAUGUUCAGGUGCUCCUAUACUUAUACAACAGUGGAAAUAUUAUCAAAACAUGUUAGGGUUUGAAGAAGAUAAAGAUCAUGCAUAUUUAGGAUUAAUAGAUGAAUUAUUAGUUAUGAAUAAAAGAUAUAGUCAAAACAAAGACUAUGUUGAAACAUUAGAAAAAAUAAAAAAAUCUAAAGUUUUUAAGCAUUGUACAAAAAUUAUGAGAAUUGGUGGUAAGGUAUCAUCUGUACCUUUUAAUUAUGAAAAUGUAAAGAAACCAAGUUCAUCUAUUAUCGGUUCAUUGGGGAAUUUAAUUAAAGCUAAUAUUAGUACAUAUUAUAAGGCAACAGCUCAAAGAAUUAAUUCUUACUUUCAUUAUACUGAGAAAAAAAGUAAAAAAUCAAGCCCCUUGAAAAUUAUCUCAGUUUGUACUCUUCUACAUCUAACAGAUAUGUUAUAUAAAUGUUCAGAUGAAAAUUCUAAUGGAGUAAUGGAUUUAUAUAACUUACAACUUAAUACUUUAAAUAUGAAAGGUAAAAUGGUAUUACAGUAUUUAGUGCACUUGAAAUUCUUAACUCAGGAAAAAAAAAAUCAACUUAAGGAGAUAUGCGAACCCCAAAACGGACUAAUAGACGAAACAUUAACAAAGAUGUUAAUUCUACUAUCAACGGAUUCUCAUGAAUUAUUAUCACAUGAAUUAGAAAAUAAAGGAUUUGACGAAGAUUAUAUUCAAGACGAAAUAAAGAAUAUCAACGAAAGUGAUAACAAUAUUAGAGAUAAAGAAGAAGACGAUGCUGAAAAGAUGAUUUUUGAUGAUUUAUAA